UCAUUCCGUGACGAGCCCGUCUUACUAACAAAGAGCAACGAGAGGAUACCGUCAUCUCCUGAAACGAGCGGAAGAUCCGAUUUGUUGGUCGAUAACUUUUUGCAUGAAGAUCUCAACCGUGAUGUGGAGUCGUCCAAAGACCAGUUUGAUCGAAAUAAUGUCAUUGACAAAAGUCGUUGUAAGAGAACGAAUUUCCAGAGCACGGACCGAGAAGACUUGGAUAAGGACUCACGCCAGUUCGAAGAUUUAACGCAGCAUCCCUUAUCUGUUACGGCUAACGUAGAAUCAGCGCGUCAACGCGAACUUGCUAUACGAAGUGAAGACGAGGAGGAUGUCCAAAUGACAAAACUCGACAAACUGGCUGUUCGAGUAGUGAAGAGAGUUGCCGAAUCGAAUGAACUAAGCACGGAUGAAGGACAAAGCUUUACAAUAGUUGACCAAUUGCAAGAAACAAAUGUUGAAACAACGGCGGAACGGCGUAACCUUUACGAUGAGCCUACGACAGAGGGAAAUGUGUCACGAGAGCAGCAAGAAAGUGCUUCGGAUGGCACCGAAUCUUCAGGACACAGCGGGUCCGAAACAUGCGUGCCUGUCCCCGCUCCCACUGAGAACGUUUGGGCGAAACGGCAGGAGGAAAGAGAAUCGCAAGAAAAGGAA